AUGAAAACGGUCGGCCAAUCUGUUCGAAUGAACGGAUAUAAUAAGCUAAUUAGUCGCACUUCUGAUGCCGACGGCUCUGAUGGGAAGUAUAGUAUGGUGCUAAGGAACGAUGGGUUAAUCAUGUAUCUCAACAACUCUGGUCAGCUACUCAUCUAUGGUGGUUGGCCUGGUUCGAGCUUGGGAAGCUUUGUAAUUUUCGAUGCAGUACCUGAAAACGAAAAUGCUACCGCAUAUGGGCUUGUGCUGGCCAUCAACCAAGAUGUACCACCACCAGGACACAGUCGGCGUCUUCUCCAAUCACGGCCAAUCCGGAAUGGGGGACAAUUAAACCUCAGCAAGCUCAACUAUAAUGCAACCUACUCGUUUUUAAGACUUGGCUCGGAUGGAAACCUAAGGGCCUACACUUACUAUGACAAAGUAAGCUACCUUAAAUGGGAAGAGAGCUUUGCUUUUUUCUCUAACUACUUUAUCAGAGAAUGUGCACUUCCAUCAAAGUGUGGCUCAUAUGGAUUGUGUCAGAGGGGGAUGUGUGUGGCUUGUCCAAGCCAUAAUGAUCUUCUGGGGUGGAGCGAGAGUUGUGCGCCGCCACAGUUGCCACCGUGUAAGAGCGGUGCUACGGUGGAGUACUAUAAGAUUGUGGGUGUGCAGCACUUCUUGGGCCCAUACUUGGAUGAUGGGAAAGGUCCAAUGAAUGUUGCAGAGUGCCAAAAGGAGUGUGAUAGGGAUUGUAAGUGUGUAGGGUUCUUUUACAAGGAAGAUACUUCUAAGUGCUUGCUUGCACCACUACUUGGGACCCUUAUUAGCGAUGUGAAUACUUCUGUGGGAUAUAUCAAGUAUGCAAAGUAG